CCCUUUUCCCCUUCUAAUCUCUCUCGCAUCUCUACAUUUUGAGAUCAUUUUAAAUUGUCCUCUCUUUUAUUUUCCGGUUAAGCACCAUGAUGUCUACUAUUUCCCCGGUUUUCUCAACCGAACCGGGUCUAUUAACCUCUGUCCUCCCAGCUUUUGAAACCAGUUUCACUCCAUGGGACAUUUCACACCUCUUCUCGGUCUUCGAUUCAUUAAUCGAUCCAAAACCGGUUUCGACCCAUGACUAUGGUUCAGUAAACCAGAUCGGUUCAGACAUGUCUCCGACCGACAAUACCGACGAGCGGAAAAAGAAACGGAAAUUAUCGAACCGGGAAUCGGCUAAGCGGUCAAGAGAGAAGAAACAAAAGCACUUGGAGGAGAUGAGUAUCCAGCUAAACCAACUCAAAAUUCAGAACCAAGAAUUGAAGAACCAGCUUCGGUACGUUUUAUACCAUUGUCAACGAACGAAGAUGGAAAAUGAUCGUCUACUUAUGGAGCACCGUAUACUGCAUGAUAAGUUGUUGAACAUCAGACAAGUUUUGAUGUUUCGUCAAACCUAACGAAGCUCAUCAAACUGUGCCACUUGGCCUUGUAAUAACAGUACUGUUGUUACGGUCCAGCAAGAUCCGUCGAUCAUGUUAUCAUAAGUUGAGGUUUCUGAAAUUGUUUCGACGGUAAAAUGGGAACAAUUUGUAAAAACAAUUAUUGAAAAAUGCAUGGAUAUACGUUAUCAAAUUAGAUUUCGUUUUUUAUAUAUUAAUAAAUAAAUAAUUAAUUAAUUAUAUUGACGUGUUUAAAAUUGUUAACGAAGAAAUGGGUUACUGGCAGAAUUUGUCGAUAACCUUUAUCUACUUGUUUCUUUUCACUAUUCUUUUCGUUUAGCUUUGUUGAAUAUACC